ACUUGCGGCAAAGGUGCACAAGCACUUGUACCAACUGUUAAUUAUUGCGAAAAGAAAGGUGAUUUAAUCGUGGUAAGGUUGAAAUUUCAUUGGGUCAUUGCGAAAGAAGUAUCAAGUUCAUUUUAGUGAUAGUUCUGUGCUUUAGUGAUAGUACAAUUUCAUACGCACGUUCAGUUAAAAAGUCGAUAGGCUUGUUUGUCAUUAUGUUGAUUUAAAUACGUUUGGAUUUAUUACUGGCAUUUUUGCUGCGAAACAUCGUUGUAAUCGCUACUUACAGCAUAUUUAAAGAGAGAACAAUCAUGCGGCCGGGAUCUAAACUAUUUCCAAAACAGUUCAAUUUCAAAACUAGAAAAUCAUCAAUAGAAUUGCAAUGUUUUGAUGAUAAAGUGAAAAACAGCAAACUAUAAUGAAAAAAAAAAAUUGUAUGGCAAAAAAAAUAUCUUACACCAUCUUUUGUGUAGCAUUUUAAAUAAAUAUUGUCACAAACUAGUUUCCAUGUUCAAAAAUUAAGCCAAUGUUUGAAAGAGCCAAAAAACAAAUUUUUUUUUUUACGAACUGAAACUGAUGAACUUAUUGAGAAUAUUCAAUAAAUCAGAAGUAUUUUGCAUGACCUAAACUUAAAGUACAUGUGUAGUUUUUUUCAAGACCUACAAUUCUGGCCACAAAGUUCAUUAAGUUAUUUUAGUGCAUCCUGCCAUUGGUUUCCCACUAAUUUUCUCCUUGUUCUCGUACAGUACCACACAUCAUUUCUCAGGAGUUUUUAUUUGAUUGGCCUGUUUUAAGCUUUGGAUUUAUACACGAAAGAAAAUAGAUGUGACUUACAAACUAGAAUAAAAUGGAAGGUUGAAUUGUAUACAGAAUACACUCAUGACUUGCAAUGAUAGCUAAUAAAAUUUAUAAUCAAUAGCAAAUUACAGAUUUUUGUUAAUAGUACCCAAUAGUACUUGCUGUAGGCCCUACCAUAUUAUGAAUUUGGAAGUGAAAUUGAUGUGGUAGGAAACUAUAAAUUAAAAAUUAAUGUUGUUAGUUUUAUUAAAGAUCAGAGACCAGCAUUUAAAUUGGAGGCUAUUGGGUGCAGUUGGUAAAUGUUAUGUAUUAUUAAUUUUUUCAAUAGUGGUACUGUGUUAUCAGACAACAAAAUCAGAAUUAAGUUUCCAAAUCUUAUAUUUAUACUUAGCACAUUGGUGGCGGAUAAAACUGGGGGUUGGCGAAACACUCUCUCGUCCUUAUCCCUGAAAAACUAGAAAAUACAACUAAAAUAUACCUGGUUUUAUUACUUAAUAAAGGAAUCAAUAAACAUUUCCACAUGGCUUGCAUCAUACAUACCUUGCAGAAGAACUUGAACAGGAAAGUGUCAUCGUCAUCUGUGUGGAAGUAUCUGGAGUCUCUGUACAACUUACCUCUGCUGGGUGAUACAGAAGAUGCACAGUUCCCAGUAGCUGAGAAAAUUUACACUUUGCCCGAGUCGUGCGGUGCAUUUUUAAAAAAAGAGAGAGCGGGCGCAAGUGCGGCGCAGGCGAACGCAGAGGGCCCAGACCUCAAAGUCAGCAAUGCCAAACCCAAAGACGCGAAAGUGAAGCCGGAAGAAAGUAAGGAAGCCCAUCGUGCGGAAAGUGGAGCGAAAGGUGCUAGGAAGAGCCUCGUCAAAGGGAACAUUAAAAAAGAACAGAUCAAGGAAGAAAAGAAGGAUGUCAAAAAAGAAUCGAAGGAAAAGAAACACAGUGUUGGCGCUGAUAAACCACCGAAGCAAGAAAGCAAAGAAAACAAAGAAGAUAGAAAGGAAAGCGUGACAAAGAAGGACCCCGAGGAGAGAGAAGCAAAGGGCAAGGAGAAGCCGUCGAAGAAAGAGGAAGGCCUGCAGCUGAAGGAGAGGCAGAGGGACGGGGACUCCCCGAAGCGUGGCGUGAAGCGGACCAGGGGGUCGGCGAGAGGGGACGACUCCAGCUCCACACACUCGUCCAGCCCCGUCACGACGCAGACCGCGCAGAAGCGCCGGCGGUUGUGAUCGCCGACGGCGUGCCGCUGCUGUACCGUGCGCGCGCACCCCUGAUCUUCGUGCUGUCGACACAACUAAACUCUUAUUCUCAAAGUGCAUGAUGUGUUUGUGUGUGUGUGAGGAAAUGUAAAUAUGCGUUGUCUCUUAUUUGUACAUUAUGCUCACAGUGAUCCAUGAAGUAAAUAGUGUAGUAAUUUUUGAUGUGAAUUUCCUUAGUACAGACUGUUGCUAAGAGAAAUAUAAGUUUUCUACGUAAACCUUUAAAA